GAUUUGAACCACAGAUGGCAACUCAGGCAACUGGCACGUUGCGCCGGCAUUAUACUAUAGAAUUUUGUUUUUAUUUUUAAAAAUCAGUUUUACCUAUUUUUGGUCCCUAGUUUCAAUGGCCGUUUAUUGCUUGGACUUUCUUGGCUUCCAGGAGGCGCUGAAGAAGAUGCGAGAUGUGGAUGACAAAAUUAUAUAUGCUCUGAAUGCACUUCCCACCGAAUCCUUCAAGGGCCAAGUGGAUAGCGAAAACACGUGCCGCGACCUUUAUGCCAAAUUGGAGCAAUCGCACCUCACUCGGCAAGACAAGAUACGCAAUUGCAUAACACUGUCGGCGAAUAGUCUGAAAAAACUCCGUGAGCAGCAAGAGGCUCAGCCCAAUGAUGUGGAAACGGGCAGCAAGUUCAAGGCAGAGCAGCGGAAGCUGAGGGUGCUGCAGGCAGAAUUGUAUGUGGAAGACAUCAUCAAGGAGCGGACGUACAAGGCAUUCAAUGAACGCUGCCGGGCUUACUUCCAUGCUGGACAAUAGAGUGAUUCGCAAUAUAAAAGUGCAAUUGAGCGUAGUGCAGUGACUUGAUUAGUUUUAAGCCUUAAUCUUAUGUGUAAACCAUAGAGGAACCGCCUAAAAGACUUUACUGACCUGGUGGCAUUUAUGAACACUUGGAAAUACAUAAAUGAACCCGAGAA